AGCCAGCGACAAUUAUACAACAGUGCUCAGUGCAAAUACAAGUGUCAAAAAUGUAACAACAGGUUACAGUACAACUACAACAAACAACAAUUACACAACAGUGAGCCCAUUUCUAACAACUCUGAACAGUACAACAGUGUACAAUUCAGUUACUUCUGGCAAUAAUGAGAGACAAACUGGCAACAGUUACAACACAACUACAGCUAUCAACAAUUCAACAAAGUUGUACAAUACAGCUAUGUCCAGCAAUAAUUUUACAACAGCGUACAAUGCAACUACAGCCAGAAACAAUUAUACAACAGUCAACAGCGCAACAACAACUGGUGACAAUUACACAACAUACAAUACAACUUUAGCUGCCGACAGUUAUCCAACAGCAUACACUCAAACUACAACAAGCAAAAAUGACAGUACAGUGUAUAAUGCAACUAUAGCUGGUAGCAAUUACACAACAGUGUACAGUGAAACCACAGCUGGUAACAGUUACAGAGAAACUGGUAAUAUUUCCAUUACAACUACAGCCAGCGACAAUUAUACAACAGUGCUCAGUCCAAAUACAAGUGCCAAAAAUUCAGCAACAGCAUACAAUACAACUACAGCAAACAACAAUUACACAACAGUGAGCCCAUUUUCAACAACUCUGAACAGUACAACAGUGUACAGUUCAAUUACAUCUGGCACCAAUGACAGACAACCUGGCAACAAUUACAACGCAACCACACCCAACAAUAAUUCUACAACAGUUCACAGUGCAACUACAGAGAGAAACAAUUAUACAACAGUUGAUGGCACAACCAUAGCUGGUAACAAUUACAUAAUACCACAAAAUACAACUACGGGUAGCAAUAAAUAUACAACAGCGCACAAUGCAACUAGAACUAACAAAAAUGACUCAGAAGUAUAUAAUGGAAUUAUAUCUGACAGCAAUUACAUAACAGCGUACAACGCAACUACAGCCAGCAACAUUAACACAACAGCCUACAAUUCAGCUAUGUCACACAACAAUUACAACACAAUUAUAGCCAACAAUAAUUCUACAGCAUUUUACAGUACCACUAUGUCCAACAAUAAUUAUACAACAAUAUACAAUACAACUACAGGCGGGCACAGUUACACAAAGGAUUACAAUGCAACCACAGUGAACAACAGUGACACAGUAGUUCAUAAUGCCACUACAUCUGGGACCAAUUUAAAUGAAAAUACAACUAACCAAAAUUACACAACCCUUAAUUAUGGAACUACACCUGGCAGUAAUUCCACAUUAGUGUCCAACAACGUUAGUACAGCUACAACUAUGAAUAGUCCCACAGCAACUACACCUGGUAAUAAUUAUACAACAAUGUAUAAUGCAUCCACAGCUGUCAUUAAUUAUACAGUAGUGUAUAAUGCGAUUACAUCUGGCAACAAUUUUAAUAUAACUGCAACUAACAACAACUACACAAUAGUUUAUAAUGCAACUGGAUCUGGUAGUAAUUACACCCUUGUGUAUGCUGCAACCACAGCUGACAACAAUUACACAGCAAUGUACAAUGUAACAACAGCUGGCACAACUUUACACAAUGGUGUGGCAACAACCAGUAACAGAACAGUUAAUACAACAACAAUAUCUCCCAACUACACAAUGAUAACGAGCACAACUACAGCCUCUAACAAUUACACAACACCAGUGAUCAUUACUCCGACUACUCUAUCUCAAAAUAAAACAAUUGCAAUUAUUGGAACCACAGAGAAAAGCACAACUGCUGCAGUGUCUCACAGUACUAAACCUACUUCAGCUCCACUGAAGAACCAGACUGCAAAAUUCACCACAGUGAGUUUGACUCAUGUCACAACAAUAAACAAAAAUGAAACCAUGUCCACCACAACUGCCAGCACUGUCCAAACAAAUGACACACCAGAGGGCGGUUUAACAACAACAACAACAACAACAACAACAACAACAACAACAACAACGACAAUAACAACAGAAAAUGCCUCUCUUGUUAUUACUUCACCCGCAACCACUGCAACUACUAUAACAGGUCAUGGUCCACAAGAUUUAAAUGGCAACUCUGCUGAGGUUUCUUUGACACCGCUCACCAAAACUACUACAACCACCACAGUGGCUGAGAACACAGGAACUUCCACAACUGAUGUACAAACAACUGAUGAAGCAAUUUACCUGUUGAAUCAAACACAGGCUGUAUCUCUGCUCAACGCCUCUCAAGUGUCACAGUUGGUUGAGACACUGGAGAAACAUCUGGACAGUCCCUCUGUUUCACCAUCAGUGGUAAUCAAAGUUGUCAGUAACUUGAUGGACAGUAACCCUGAGGCACUCUCUGAAUCUGCAAACAGGCUGAUUCACUUGGUGGAUAAUCUGGGUGUUAAACUGGCUGUCACUGGUGGCGAUGGAAUUCUGUCAACCAGUUCCUUAGUUGUUGCUGUGAAGACAGUGAAUGGGAGCAACUUCACAACAAUCCUUUUUGAUGUUUUUAACACUGAUCAUGUCCAGUUCAGUGGCCCAAACAGGACCAUGUUGAAAAGCUCCGAGCCUGCUGUGGCGUCUGUAUACUUGCCUGCCUCCCUCACAUCUGGUAUCAGCCCUGAAGAGCAGAAGCAGGCCAACAGCGUCCAGUUUACUUUCUAUGCAAAAAAUUCAUUCUUUAAGGAUGCAUCAUUAGAUAACAAAACUCUUGUCAGCGCAGUUCUGGGCUCAAGUGUGGCUAAUCUGUCAAUUAGCAACCUGAGUGAAAACAUUGAGUUCACCAUCCGAAACAGCCACCCAGUUCAUGAAAACUACACAGCCAAGUGUGCAUUUUGGGAUUUCACGCUGAAUAGUGAUGGAGGAGGCUGGAGCUCUGUUGGCUGCUUUGUGGUCAACAGCACCCCUGAAUAUACAAUCUGCAGCUGCAGCCAUCUUACAUCCUUUGCAGUACUGCUGGAUUUGUCCAGACAGGAACUUCCUGACCCGAAGAACGCACAAAUUCUUACUUUCAUCACCUACAUCGGCUGUGGAAUCUCUGCUAUUUUUCUUGCUAUCACAUUGCUGACGUAUCUUUCUUUUCCAAAAUUGCUAAGGGAUAUACCAGCCAAGAUCUUGGUCCAACUCUGUUUAUCCCUGCUCUUCCUGAACUUGGUGUUCCUGCUGGACAGCUGGCUGGCGAGCCACAACAAUACAGGCCUCUGUAUUUGUACUGCCUUCUUCCUGCACUACUUCCUGCUGACAUCAUUUACAUGGGCGGGGCUUGAGGCCCUGCAUAUGUAUCUCAGCAUUGUGCGAGUUUUUACACCCUACCUGAGCCAGUACAUGCUGAAGUUCACUCUGAUGGGUUGGGGUAUCCCUCUUGUCAUUGUAAUUAUUGUGAUAUCCGUGGACAAAAACAACUAUGGUGUGAUUAAUUAUGGAAAACACACAAAUGGCACUUCAGAUAACUUCUGCUGGCUGAGUAAUAACAUAGCCUUCUAUGUGGGUGUGGUGGCCUAUUUCCUCCUGAUCUUUAUCCUGUGCAUGCUGGCCUUCAUCGUUGUUAUGGUACAGCUUUCACGGAUCAAGAAGCAGAACCCCCACAACCAGUCUCCCAAAAGAAGUGUUAUGACUGAUCUGCGCAGUGUCACUGGCCUAGUCAUCAUCCUCGGCCUCACCUGGGGGUUUGCUCUGUUUGCAUGGGGACCCCUCUACUUACCCUUUGUUUACCUUUUCUCUAUAUUCAACUCUCUGCAAGGUUUCUUUGUCUUUGUUUUCCACUGUGCUAUAAAGGAGAAUGUCCGCAGGCAGUGGAGAACUUAUCUUUGCUGUGGAAAACUGCGACUGGCUGAGAACUCAGAUUGGAGUCGGACCUUCACACAAACCAAGAAGAAUAUCUCUCGCUCCAGUGCAACUACCUUGGAUCAAAAGUUCACUUCUCGAAGCUCCUCUGGUGUCAGUUAUGGCACCAAUAGCAGUGGCUCUGUGUUCGCGGACAGCGGAAUAUCUGACGGCUCCAACAAUGAUGUCGUUCUCAAUGAGAUUCACAGGGGAAAUCUGACACAAGGCAAAACCACCAAGUGACUCUGCCUGAGCUUUCUUUUGUGAUUACAGCCAGUUCCAAGAAAGGAUCUCUGGGAGUUUACAAGAUGCAAAUUGGAGGAGUAGUUUUCCUUAAGAAAGCCUUAAUGUUACAAAAAUGAAGGUUUGAUAAAGGACUAAAGAGGAACAGGGACAAAGGAGACCUUUGUCUAAAUACCUUUAGAGAAGAAGAGAUCAAAAAGUGGAGAAUGUUUUCAAUUCUACACUAAUAGUAUAAAUAAUGGAAGAGUCUUGUUAGCAGAGAUAAGGUGUUUUUAUGACUGAUAAUAUGAUUAGUUUUAUCGUUACAGCUCUGACUCAGUGUUAGUGCUUACUCUCAUUGCAAAGCUACUACUGAAACUAAAACAUUUCAUUGAACUGCAUUUACUUGGUAGCCGAGAACAGAUGCUGUCAGCAUUGUAUAGAUUAAUAUCUGGCUAUUUCUUUGAGGCUCUAUUCAUUUCUUGAACAGACAAAUGAAGGAAUUUCCAGUCUUAACUCUACAUUUCAGUGCCUUUGCUAAAUUCUAAGUUUAUUCUGGCAGUGUCAAAUAGCACUUUGGGAUGGGUUAGCUACCUACAGAGACAAGGUCGAUUGAUGCAAAAUGUGCACAUGCCAAACUCAACUGCUUGAUCAUAUCUGAUAAAAGAUGAUAUCUGCAAGAUUAUUUAAGGGUGCAGUUCUGUUUUAAAUAUUGUAUUAUUCACUACAUUAUACAUUACUUUUUUAUUCAGUUCAGACAUGCUUUUUAUGAAAAAAAAAGAUGUAAAAUAUUUUCAUGUGGCAAACUGAAGCACAAUCAAAAUAUGGGAUUUAUGUCCUGUCCUUUUUAACAAGGACACAUUUUGCUAAAUGUCCUUGGAAGGCCAUUUGUAUGCAAUGAAAGAUGAAAUAAAAGAGAAAAAACUAACUUCAACUUGUCACCUGCCCAGCUGCUCUCUCUUUUUUUUGCAUCAGACUUUCACAUCUAUUCCACAUCUUUACGUCUGUAAUCAAAUCCUUUCAACAGGAGGGGGAAAAAAACUACAAUUAUGAUCCCAGCAGACAACCCUCUCAUCACCGUGUUGAGUAACCUUCAGCAGAGCAUCUCACGCCCACCCAGCGCCAGUUCAAUCGCAGCCUGUCAAGGUCAGCCUCAGAGGUCGGCAGCAGUUAGCUAUUAAAAGUUUUACAUGAUUUCCAACCUCAGAACAGGGAGACCUCUAAUGUGAAGCCCAUGAGUGAGAAAUGCUGGGAGAAAAAUGAAGAGCUGGAGGCACAGAUGUUACACCGAUGAGCAUGAAUACCAUAAAUUAAAUUUAAUCCUGAAUGCCCAAUGCCAAUCAAUCCUAAUUCUGCAGUUUAAACGGUCUUUAUUUGUGGUAUUGGCAGUCAUGUUAUGCAAUGCCAUUAUACCUUAUCACCUUUGUUUUACCUGUUUAUGUUUUAAUUUUUGACUUUGUGACCCCACUGCGGUCUUAAAGAUCCUUGAUGUCAUAUCUUUUGUCUCUGUUUAACCCUCACAUGCAGAAAUCUCCAAAUUGGAGCUUAGGAGUUAAUGCCUCCCGCUUCACAUGGAAUGAGGCAAAAAAGGCUGUCAUGCACGCUGCCAUGCUUUACUGCCAAACAAAAUGUAUAUGUAUUUGUGCACAUAUAACUCAUUAAAUAAAUUAAACAGUUUAUAUUUCGAUAUUUUCUGUAUUAAUGGCAUUUGUAAUUGAUAAUGGUAACGUAGUUAUGGUACCAUUUGGGUACUUGGUAAGAUUUGUGUUAUGGUGCAAAGCUAUCUUAGUAUCGUAGUUUCAAUAAUUAUUCACAUAUUGUGGUGUAAAGCACUUUUAUUAAGCCUUAUGAACCCUGGCUAUAAUGGAUAAAAGUAAAAAAUAAUAGGGUGUGUGUUCUCACAAUGUUCUACAGAGAGUAAAGCUUUUAUUUUAAAGCACUUAGAUGGGCAAAUUUCAGUUUCAUUAAAUGUCAUUAAAUCAUAUCUGUUUAUGUAACUUUUUCUAUACACCCACCCACUUGUGCUCUUCAGCCUCAGGCAGUCAUCUUGUUUGCAUUGACAGUAUUAAA